AUGGGUAAGAAAAUUUACGAGGGUGGCCAAAUACUGUCGAAGUUCAGCGAUAGCUGUAAAUCAGAAAGAGUUGAGAUAAAGGGUACUCCUCCUCCAGGAAACGCAGAAAUGAAUGGCACCAUCCAAUGUAGCUGCACCAUCACUAAUGAUGCUUUCUGUCACAUUACCGCAUUGAGCCUUGAAGCAAAUCAGUUUUCUGGCACUAUACCUCCUCAGCUUGGGAACCUUGUCAACUUAACAACUCUGAUACUUUCCAAUAAUCAGUUAGAGGGAAGCUUGCCAGAGACACUCGCGCAGAUAAAAGGCAUGGAGGAUUUUCGUGCUAGUGAUAAUAACUUCAAUGGCACCAUACCCGAGUUCGUUGGGAAUUGGACUCAACUUAAAAGGCUCGAGUUCUACGCGACUGGACUGAAAGGACCCGUGCCUCCUGCCAUUUUUGAUUUGGAAAACUUGGUUGAUUUGAGAAUUACUGAUUUAUCUGGACCAGAGUUUCAGUUACCUAGCAUGUCCAAGAGCAUAAAGGAUUACUUGGUUUUGAGGAACAUCAAUUUAGUUGGAGUUAUCCGAAAAGUUGCAUGGGCAUGGGAAACGGAAAUAACUCUUUACCAAGCUGCAGCUUCGAUGCUAAGGAUACAAACAGGUUUCGAAGCUCAUCCAUCAAGAAUACCUUAUUAUCAAUCAUUCCACGUAAAUUGUGGUGGACCAGAUGUAGAGAGCGAAAGAAUCUUGUAUGAAGGUGAGCAAAAUAAUGAAUGUAGUAAUGCUGCUGCAAGGAAUUAUUAUAGAUUAGGAUCAAACUGGGGAUUCAGCUGCACAGGAGAUUUCAUGGAUGAUAAAAACUACAACGACAACAGAUAUACAAUUGAAUCAAACUCUAAUAUUUCUAUGGAUGAAUUGUAUACUACAGCACGUAGAACACCCCUGUCUCUCACUUAUUAUGGAUAUUGUCUAGAAAAUGGGAUUUAUACUGUUAGACUCCACUUUGCUGAGAUAGAAUUGACAGAUGAAGAACUAUACAACAAAGUUGCAAGGCGUGUUUUUGAUAUUUACAUUCAGGGAAAACUUGAGAAAAAGAAUUUUAACAUUAAGGAGGCAGCCAAUGGAUUUAGCAAAAACUUCACAAUAGUAUUCAACACCACUGUGACAGACGGUACCUUGGAGAUCCGUUUAUACUGGGCUGGAAAAGGGACUACUUGCAUUCCAAGAAGAGGAGAUUAUGGUCCUAUAAUUUCUGCUAUAUCUGUAUGUUCAGGUCACAGAACUUAUUGUCCAGAACCUGAAGAAGCAAGUACAAAACCUAUUGUGAUCGGAGUUGUCACUUCAACAGUAUGCCUUGUUUUUUUGGUAAUGGGUGUCAUUUAUUGGAAAUUCUGGUAUGGAGACAAGUACAAAUACACAAGAAAACGAGCACCAGAUUCCGAAACAUGUGCUCUGAAGUUGGAUUGGCCGACAAGAUAUAAGAUAUGUGUUGGAAUUGCCAGAGGUUUAACAUUUCUCCAUGAAGGCUCAGCAAUCAGGGUUGCAUUUGCUUUGCAAAAAAGAGGAAAAUUGAUGGAGAUAGUGGACCCAAAGCUGCAGUCUGAAUUCAUCAAGGAAGAGGCUGAAAGGAUGAUCAAAGUGGCUCUCUUAUGCGCCAAUGCGUCUCCAUCUCUAAGGCCUACAAUGCCAGCAGUGGUGAGUAUGCUUGAAGGACAGACAAGCAUUCAGGAAGUGAUGUCGGAUCCUAGCAUUUACGGUGAUGAUUUACAACUUCAACACCUAAAAGGCCACUACCAACAGGUUGGAGACCAGAGUUUAACCAGCGGCAGCACCCAAGACCUCAUUUCUUCAUCUGAUAAAACAUGGACCGUAUCCUCCUCCACGUCUGCGAAAGAUCUUUACCCACCCAAUCCUGAGUCCAAGUAUUCAAACAUUAGUGAAACUUCACCUUUUGUUUAA